CCUCGCCAGCCCGCGGCGCCGCCUCCGCCCCGCCGCCGCCGCCGCCUUUCUUCCCCUCGCUUCCCGUCCGCGGCGCUCGGCUCGGCCUCCUGGGCUCGGCCCCGCUCCCGCCCCGCAGCCCCGCCGGGCCUCCCGGGCCCUCGAGCUCUCGGGCGCGGCCGCAGCCGGGAGGGACAGGGGCGAUCGGGAGCCGCGGGAACAUGGCGGCGGCCGGGCCGGAGCGCGAGGAGGCGGCGGCGGAGCCCGAGGAGCCGGGGCUGGUCCCCGCGGCGGCCCCGCAGCCCCCGCCCGGGGCCCCCCCAGCGGCCGAGGCGCCGGAGCAGCCCGAGCCCCCGGAGCGCCCGGAGCCCCCGGAGCCCCUGGAGGCCGACGAGGUGGCGCGGAGGCUGCAGAGGACCCGCCGCGAGCUGGGCAACCGCAGGAAGGUGCUGCUGCGGAACCUCCCGCCCGACACGCACAGCCAGGAGGUUCAUGAUUUGCUGAAAGACUAUGAAUUAAAGUACUGUUAUGUGGACAGGAACAAAAGGACAGCCUUUGUUACCUUAUUGGAUGGGGAGCAAGCCCAAAAUGCCAUCCAGACAUUUCACCAAUAUUCUCUCCGCGGAAAAGAGAUAACCGUACAGCUCCAGCCCACAGAUGCUUUGCUCUGCGUCACCAACCUGCCCCCUUCUUUUACGAUCGAAGAAUUUGAGGAACUGGUUCGGACAUUUGGCAACAUCGAGAGGUGCUUUUUGGUGUACAAUGAAACCACGGGCCAUUCCAAGGGCUACGGGUUUGUGGAGUACAUGAAAAAAGACUCUGCUGCCAAGGCGAGGUCAGAACUGUUGGGUAAACAAAUAGGAGGAUUCACUCUCUUUGCACAGUGGAUGGAUGUGAAUCAGCUGGCCACCGAUCUCAUUCAUUCUAAGUGCCUAUGCAUCGAUAAACUCCCCAGGGACUUCACGGACUCCCAAGAGCUCUUGCAAAUUUUCUCCUUUAAUCAUAAGCCUGUAUUUGGUCAGUUGGCACAGGAUGAAGGGAACUAUGCAGGCGGGUUUGCAGUAGUUGAAUACGACACUGCAGAACACGCUGAGGAUGUUCAGCGGGUGGCUGACGGGAUGACGAUCAAGGGAAACGAAGUCCAGGUAUCCUUCUGCGCCCCCGGAGCAUCUGGACGAAGUACUUUAGCGGCGCUGAUCGCUGCACAACGAAUGAUGCGCAAUAAUCGAAAGGGUUUACUUCCAGAGCCAAAUCCAGUUCAGAUCAUGAAGAGUUUAAACAACCCCGCCAUGUUGCAGAUUUUGCUGCAACCACAGUUACAUGGACAUGCUGCAGUUCUUGGAGCUCCUCCCAGUUUGCCCCAUCUGGUGAACCCCUCCAUCACCCCUGCAUUUUUGCAACUGAAUAAAAUACACCAGCAGAAUUCAGUUAUGAGCAAUACCUCUCGUUUAUUGCUUCAGAAUCUCUCUUAUUUACAACUGGCCCAGCAGCAGCUGAUGAAGAUAGAGAAUAUUCAUACAAACAGCAAACCUGGAUUACUGGGUGAAGCCCCUCCCAUGGUCCUUCAGACGGCACUAGGAGCUGGGGCGGCAUCGUCACUCAAGUCAGAGUUGGGGCCCCGGGGAGAAGAACAUAAAACAGGAGCAGGGAUCCUGCCGUUCCUUACAAAUCAGCAUGUGGUUGGCCAAGGUGGGCCGGGGCCAAGUACUUCUCAGGACAAACCAUCGACCACAUUGGGAUCGACAGAAGGAACCGUCUCAGGGCCACAGACUUAUCUUCCGGGCUUUACAACUCCUGCUGCUGGAGCUCUGGGGACGGGUCAGCCCAGGCCACAAAAUCAGCCCCAAAGCACCGAAGCAAGUUCAGGGACUGUCUCUAAGAAUCAGACUUCGCUUUUGGGGGAACCACCGAAAGAAAUCCGGCUGAGCACCAAUCCAUACUUGAACUUGGCGAGUGUAUUGCCCGGGGUCUGUUUGCCAGCCCCAGUUGCAAGUAAAGCCAUGAGCGCUCUCCCCCAGACUGGAAUCGCAAGCAACAUAUUGGACGCCAUCUCUCAGGGAACCUCAUCACAACAUGCAUUGGAAAAUUACAUUAAUUAUUCUCAGCAAUUUGGUGAUUAUUCACAGGUAUCUUCACCUUUAAGAAAUGAAAAACGAGGCUCCUCAUACCUCAUUUCUGCCCCCGAAGGGAGCUCAGUGGAAUUUGUUGACCAACAUUCUCAGGGCACAGGAGGAUAUUAUGCUGAAUCCUACUUAAAGAAGAAGCGCGUCUACUGAGGUUUCCUCCGUCGGUCUUCCCGUCUGCUCCCACGUAGCUCAUUUCCAGGACCUCUGCUGUUCAUCGCUGCCUUAAAGUCGGCCAGACUAGCCAUCUCCUUGAAAAAAUGGAUCACCGUUCACAGGAGGAACUUUGAGCGCUUCACAGAUGGCAGAUUUGCCAAAUGAAAAUAAGAAGCAAUAAUUAAAAAAAAAAAAAAAGACAUCCAUUGAGACCAUUUCCCGCUAGUAUUAGGUGCAUCCUAAAUAAUGUGUUAAACUUAUCAUAGAUUGCUAAGAUUAACAAUGUUCUUUAUUUUCUGACUGCAAAAAUCAAUUUUCCCAUAAUCAUUUUGAUACCUUCUCUAAUCAUCUAAAGCAAUAAAGAGGAAACCCUUGUUUCCUGAACCUUAGAAGGGUGAGUCUAGAUAGGUUGAUUUUCUUUUCUUUUAAUUUACCCUAUCAGCCAAUGUGUAUUCCCAUCCUGUUUCUGCUGCUUAGUUUUCUUUACAGGUGUAAGAUAUCAUGAUGUAGCAGGAAAAAUACUGAAUUUGGAGUCCAAGGAUGGAUUUGAGUUCUGACUACUUCUUCUUACUUAUUUGGUUGACCUUAAGCAUACCUAAACUCCCUAGUUUUCUCAUUUAUAAAAUGAAGAGGUUGUACUCACUGAUCUUUAAGAUCCCUUUCUACUCUGAGUCUCUGAUCAUUUGAGCUUUGCCCAGAGUCAUAAAAAAGCAUGUUCUAAGCAGCAGCCAUGACCUUGUUUUGAGAAAGCUUUAUGUGUAAAAAGAAACUCGGGGCAUCCAUUGAACUCUGCAGCACAAACUCCUUGUGGAGUCCUACAGGUAGUGUGAUUGUUUGGUAGAAGACAGUUAGCUGUUUUACUUUAAAAGUAUGAGAAUUACUUUGCAUUUAAAAAUCACUUUUAAAAAAUUGACAUGUGAAACAGUAAAAAAAAAAAAACAACUAAAUAGACUACAUUCGCUCUUCUUUUUCCAUUGUAAUUGUGAAAAACUCAUUUUAAUAAUGAUGUUACCACUUCUUUGAGCAUGGGUAAUCGAAUACUCAAAAGAUGAAGCUAGCUAAUUUCAAUUUGGUUUUUAAAAUGCUACAUGCUUUGGGGAAAGGCUUGCGGUAGCCUUUGGAAUUCUGAAGUGUCCCUGAAUUUAAAUUGGCCCGUACCUCCUAUCCCUUCAAGUCUUGAUGUUCAUUCGCCACAGACUUGUGAUUGGCAGGAUGGCCAGAGCCACUCAGCCAGCUUCCUAAUGGAGAGCAGAGGCAGGAGGCCAUUCGAUUACUAGACCCACUGUUAUUUUGGGAGCUGUCUCCUUCAUUCUUCCAAAGCAGGCAAGCAAUCAGUAUCUUUUUUUCCUGUUACCCAGUGAGACAAAGAAGCGCUUCUGCAAACGUCAAAGCACUCUAUAAAUGCUAGUGAUUCUUCUUAUUAUUGUGGAGGACCCUCUUGUGGUACCAGUAUUUAUUACCUCUUUGGUCUUGAGGAUCAAAUGAGCCAUUUGUAAAGCGCUUAGCACAGUGCCUGGCACAUAGUAGGCGCUUAAUAAAUGCUUGUUUUCCCCCUCUCCCGUGAGCUUAAAAUUUAAUUUACAAUCUUCAAUAUGAGCCCUAAUCCCUAUAGUACCUGUCACUAAACCUGAAUGAUUCAGGAAGCCCCUGCAAUCCAGAACACGUCCAGAUGGAUGAGAUA